AUGAGGUAGAAGAAGCAAAGAAGAGUGUCAAUUUUUAGAAAGAUUAGGAAUAGCUAAAACAAAAAAUUAAAAGGUGAAGGGGAAAAAAUGGCAAGCAGGAUAUCAUAGCAACUACUUCUACCCGUUUUGACCAUAAUGUAUGUGAGUUAUCUCUUGGAUAAAGAAGCCAGCAUGUAUCCGGGAUCUGCAAGGUGCAACAACAACCUGCCAGUGCAAAAUUUUGUCUCUGCGCCACCCUACUCAGAUUAUAUGGGAUAUCAUCAUGUGCCAAGUAUGGACAACCAUGGACAGACUUCAGGAACCUGGGGAUCUCACUAUGGCCCACAAAGAGAGGAUUGGAAUGCCUACGGGCCCGGACCCUCCAGCACAGUUACUGCUGCACAGAUCAAUGGGUCCUCUCCUGGGCAGGUCUCCUACAGUUCUGCUGAUUACAACUCUCUUCAUCCUGCUGGAUCUGGGAUUUUACCUCCUGUAGAUACAGUUAAUACGGAGCAAAUCUCUCCCAACCCUCAAAGGCACAGCUCUUAUGAAUGGAUGCGGAAAACAGUGCAAUCUAACACUGCAGGUAAAACAAGAACAAAAGAAAAGUACCGGGUUGUUUACACAGAUCAUCAAAGACUAGAAUUAGAGAAGGAAUUUCAUUGCAACAGAUACAUUACAAUACGGAGAAAGUCUGAACUUGCAGCUAACCUGGGACUAUCUGAGAGACAGGUGAAAAUCUGGUUUCAGAAUCGCCGAGCCAAGGAGAGGAAAAUGAUCAAGAAGAAAAUCUCGCAGUUUGAUGGCAGUGGGGGCUCAGUUCAGAGUGACUCCGGCUCAGUCAGCCCAGCUGAAAUGUCCCACUCCCUCUUUCCACCCCCACAUGCAAUAAAUGGAUUACAGCCCAUUGAGAUACAGCAGGUCAUCGUUUCAGAAUGAACAGGGCAGGAAAAAUGUGAAAAGGAUUUUUCUUUUCUCUGUGACAUGUCAAUUUUGUGAAGGACCAUGCUCAUUCAGGUCUCUUCAGAGUGCUGGCUACCCUGCACAGGAACCAGGACUGUUUCCAAAAUAUUUUAAUUACUGCAGAAAUCUCAGGGAACCCUUGCUGCUAAAAUCCAUCACUCAUAAAGCUUUGAGUAGGAUGUAAUUUUGUUGCAGAUAUUGCCAGGAAGAGUGAAACAACUGAAGACUGGGGGGAAGGUAGUUCUAAUCAGUUUAUAUUUUGCAGAAACUUGUUGGUGAACAGUACAAUACAAGGAAAUGUGGGAUGCUGGCUUUAUUUGUGUGCAUUACAUUUUUAUAUAAUUAGAGUUACCUGUAGAUGUUUAUAAACAUUCAUAUUUAGAAUACUGAAGAGUAUGCCACCUUUUAAAAAAAGAUGCAACAAAAAUAUUUUAAAUACAUUAAGAAAAAAUGGGACAUAAUGUUACAAUAACAACAUAUUGCAUCUAGUCAAAUUAAAGGUAUCUUUUUUUGUCCUACAUUACUGUACACAGCAUGUUCAAGGCUUCUAAAUACAAUAAAUUUACAAACCUAUAGUAUCUUACACCAAACCUGUCAAGAUUUGUUUGAUGGUAAGAGCUUUAGUAAUUAGUAAAUACCAAAUGGCUCAAAGCAUAUAAACAUUACUUCAUUUUUUGAUUACUGCAUACUUUAUUGUUUAAUAAAAAGAGGAUUGACAGAAAAAUCUGUUAUUUUUUAACAAAGUCUCUAUGCAUUUGCCCCAUGACCUGAAGGACUGGAGUAAAAAAAAAAAAUCAGCCUUUGGCUAGUUGCAAGCAUUUCCCAUUGAUUGUAAAUAGGGUUUGUGUACUGGCUGACAGGCAGAAUGCAAGUCCUUUUGAUUCAUUUAGCAUCAGGUGUAGAGUGCUAACACCAGUGCUAGGCUAUAGUGAGUAAUCAGUGCCAGCAACUCAGCAUUCAUGAACACUUCCAUAACUUCACUUUGCCCAUGACAAAGAAACAAAAAGUUUUUUCCUGGAGAAAGAAACAAGAGUUGGGGCUGAGGUUUGGGCGGCAAGAAGUGAGUG